AUGUCGAGACUCAAUACCGAAAUGGUCGAAACCGAGCUUUUGGAAGACUUUUUGUUCACCGGAGCCGGGAACGACAGCACCGGAUACGCGCUCGAUGACGAGCCUGGAAAGCAUCCAGAGGAUGAUCUCUUCACCUCUUUCAUCAACACCGAAAUGCUGCAGCAAGCUCCAUCCAACUACACCAUCAACUCACAGCACCAGGCCAUGUCGUCCACGUCGUCGCUGGUGCCCCCACUCGCCACACCAAAUCUCCUCGACGGUUUUUCUGGGACCGAAGGACGCCGACACCUUGAGAAAUCGGUCAGUCCUCUCGAUCCCCUGUCCAUGGCAGGCUCCAAGGACGUGCAGCACAAUGCACGCGCUGUUUACGACGCCAACGUCUCCGAUGCAGCCUCGGAACAGCAGCCCAGGAGCUACAGCCAAGGCUGCGAGCGUCUAGUGGACCACACGCUGCAGUUCGGCAGAACCAAGCCCAUCCAAUCCGCGUACCUCAACCCAAACGACUUCCUCAGCAUCACGGAGGACUCGUUGCCUUACAAACUCACGGUUUCGGGGAUGCCCUCCACGUCGCGUGUCGAGACUCAAAUCAAGCUGGAGCUAGUCAUAUCACCUCCACCUCGCGAAUACGUGGUUCACUUGCCCACCGACUGUAUAACCAAACAGAAGUGGUACCUCGAAAACGAUAUCAGCGCAUACCCUAAGCAAAUUCAAAACGAAAUGCUAUAUCUGGAGAGUUUCUUGGUGUGCGCUUCCAAUGGGAAGCCAACUUAUGUCUGCAGCCGUUGUGUGAAACGUGAACAACGUAGAGCCUCUAGACGGAAGUCCGGACUCUGCGACAACAUGCUAUGGUGCAAUAACGAAAACAGGCGUGCAGUUGUUUUCAACAGCAGGCAAGUUUUCUCCAUCAAGGAUCACAAUUGCAAUAGCCAGUUCAAGAUGUUCGAUCUCUCUGCUAGAAUUGUUUGUUAUUGCAGGCAUCACAAGGAACCAGAAGGCUUCAAGAUCUUAUUUGUGCUAAGAAAUGCUCGCCAAGAGGUGCUCGCCAAGAGCGUCACAGGUCCCAUCAUGAUCAUGGACAAAAAGUCGAACAAAGAUUCUUCUGGAACUGUGUCACGCCAAGAAUCUGCAGUGGACUUGAAUAACAUCACUGAUGGCUCGCGUAGUGAACGGAGUGAAAUCCCACAUGUCACUUCAACAAGCGACUUGAGCGGUCUAGAAAAUUACAAACCAGGGGACGACUUCAUGCAUUUGGCCGCCAGGGGUGAAAACAUGCUCUCUCCAACUUCCAUGGGUGGCGACAGCUCUGAAGCACACAUUACUGACGCCAAUACAGCAGAUCAUCCAAUAUUUAGGAGUGUUCCGGGAUAUUCAACCUCCAGGCUUGACUCGGCCCAGGCCAACAAACGUAAGCGGACCUCAGAUGAGUUCGUGACCUCCAGUCUUUACAAUCAAGAUUUUGCCAAGCCUUUGACCGUUCUAAACUUUUCUAAGUCGUUGUCGACUUCGUCGUCUAGUCAUUCGAUACCUCAAGCAUUGCAGGAUACGAAUCCUUCGAGCUCUCUCAUGACGGCGACUAAUAGCAUGCUUCGUGGCAUCUCAGAUAUCACUGAUCAAGCCCAAAAUAUACGUCCUUUCAUUCAACGUGUUAUUCCAGCCCAAGGUCCGGUCAAGGGUGGAAUUGAAAUCACUUUGCUGGGCUCCAAUUUUAAGCCUGGUAUGAUAGUUAAAUUUGGAGAAAACAAGGCACUCUCGACUCAAUGCUGGUCAGAAUCAACCUUGGUCACCUAUCUUCCACCAUCUUCCAAGGCCGGUGAAGUCUUGGUUACUGUAUUCGAAAAGGAAGAACAAGACGAGGAGCUAUUGGGAACGAUGUCCACCAGCAAAACCAUAUUCACAUACGUGGACGACACUGAUAGGCAGUUGAUUGAACUGGCGUUACAAAUCGUUGGUUUGAAGAUGAACGGUAAGUUGGAGGAUGCUCGCAAUAUCGCCAAACGAAUUGUGGGUCAUGACAGCGGGUCCGCCAAUAACUCGCCUGGUGGGAGCACGGGCAACGUACCUCAAAAUCAAUACAACAUGGGCCCUGGCCCAGUUUUGUUCUCGGACGAAAGUUUGUUGCUGAGAGUAAUCAAGUUACUCAACUCAAGCUCUAACUUGUCCAUGUGCGAUGAAGAAGGUCAGACCAUGUUACAUUUAGCAUGUCUAAAAGGCUACUACCAAUUAGCUGCGGCUCUAGUGAGAAAAGGUGCCAGAGUGGACGCAAAGGACUCCUUUGGGUUUUCGCCUCUUCAUUUCGCAUGCUUGAACGGUGACGGUAAAAUUAUCAGACUGUUAGUGCAAUGUAAAGCGGCUAUUCAAGUUGAAGCCAUGAACGGAUCGACUCCUCGUGAUUUGUUUAUUGCAAAUCAUGACACGGAUGAUGAAAGAUACGAGGACUAUCUGAACGAAGUUCUAGACGCUCUGGAUAUCGACAUCAGCAGUGAAGAGUUGUCAACAACUAUGGGAAGAAAAAUGUCCGACAGUAGUUUCCAGUCCUCAGUAUUCGAUGCGGGAUCUUUAGCAUCUCUAAAUGAUAAUCUCCAAGUGCAUAUUUCUAAAAUGAGAGAGGACAGACUAUCUGAUGACGAUGAAGAUUUCGAGGAUUAUGAGGAAGAUGGCGACGAAGGGCUUUUGGGCGACGACGAAGAAUCUACUCGGACCGACGAUGCUAACUCUACACCACGGGAACUAUCGCCUCUAACUGCGGCUGGCGGGUUGGGCGGGUUGAGCAGGGAACGGCUUCUCAAUCCUCAUGUCCGUCACGACCCCGCCUCGGUCUCUACCACCAACAUCAACGACAACGACAACAACGAUAACAACAAUAACCACGACAGCAACGACAAAGACAACAACAACAACAAUGACAGCAGUAACAGGAAUUCAACGGAGAACUCGAUCUGGAAUCGCAUGCUGAGUGCGUUGAACGACGAGCUGCCCACGUAUGACGACCUCUUUCCCAGCCCAGGCAGGGAGAAGCAAAUGCGGGUUUUGCAGAGCACACCGGAACCUGGAGAGCAGCUCUCGGCGAUCUCGUCUAGCGCAGUCGAGGACUCCCAGGCGUCUUCGGAGGACGAGGAAGACGCACUUCAAGCUCGUCUCAACCGCUUCUUCCAGCAAAGACAGAAUUUCCAAAACGACAAGAUGUUGUUGUUUUUCUGGUUGCCUCUUACGAUCAUUCUGCUUUCCUCGUUUUUGAUCUACGAAUUCGGGCAUGAUGGCAACACCGUGCACUACUGGUCAGAAGCCGUGUCCGAAUACUUGCGCGUGGGACUUGCCAAAGUCAUGUUGGGUAACCAACGCGUAAAAGGUGCCUUCAAAGGUUCUCUGCAUAGUCUUCAGGCUGGAAUCAUAGAAAGCACAAGCUAG